CCCCAGGAUACUUAUAUUACUAGUAGAAAGAAACAUGGGGGGUGUGUAUACAUUCCAGCUUUAGCACCCAAAAUACCAGCAUCUUAAAGAAACUCUGAGAGGCCCUAUGACAUUAUGGUGGUGGAAGUGGCUUGACAGGCUCAUAGUUGGACUAAACCAAAGCCAGAUGACAAACGGAGGCUGCUGUGUUCUCAGUGAAGAGGAGAAUAACACUAGAGAACCGUUGUCACUGGACUUCUCACUGCAGAUCGAGGAUUCUUCCAUCAUGGAGUUUGGCGUGACCCCAAGGCGACACAACCCCGUCGACAGCAUCUGCCGCAAGCUGCAGACAAUUCAGCGGCGUGACCAGGAACCCAACUCCCCUUUCCAGAUCCCCAAACUGCAGUCGAGCAGCUACGACAGCCCCCACACGGGCCUGCGACACAACCUGGACACCAUCCUGAAGAAGCGCAAAAGUGAGGCUGAGCAGAACAGCUCGCCUCUUGUGCUCACUCCUAGUGCACCCCGUGUCUCAGGAAGGACCCUUUGUGUCCCUGUGACACCCCUCAGUCCUGUUAAUGCAACUUACACUGUCACGAGUACGUUGGGAAAGCUGGCGGAGAACAACAGCGUAGCACCCGGGCACAGCCGAGCCUGGCAUCUUAGCUGCUCAACACCAGCAAUACAGAGCGGUGAUGCUCGCUUCAGCUUCACACCUGCAACCCAGAACAGUGAUACUCGCUUUAGCUUCACUCCAACCCCCAGAGACAAGGACAGGAACACAGCCCAGGCGCAUGGCCUGCUCUCCUAUAACCUCAACUUCUGCUCCUCAGAUGCGUCCACCAUCUUAGACUGUGAGCUGCCUUAUCCAGCCCUGGUGGUCAAGAGACUCUCAAUGGGAGAUGGUGCUGCUUUGCCAUAUGAAUCCAAGAAAGAGAGUUUGUCUGAAGUGAGUCUGAUUUGUGAAGAGGACCUGCUCGAUACCAUUUUCCAGGCCUGUGAUACCCAGUGCAAAGGUAAAGUGUAUGUGUCUCACAUCGUGGACUAUCUGAGACACACAACGAGUCGUAGCUCUGAGGACAGCGGCCUGGAGGAGCUGUGUAACAUGCUGGACCCUGAACAUAAGGACAUCUCCAUUGACCUGGACACCUACCAUGCUAUUAUGAAGGAGUGGAUUGAAGACUGCCGCAACCAGGUGAAGAACAGUAAAGAUGAUGUCAAUCAGGAAUCAGUCAAACUGCCAGAUAGUUUUGCUGCUAAGAGAUCAUUUAUGCUGAAUAUGACUUCAGGAAGCCUGGAGGCUUUUGGAGGAGAAGCUUCUAGAGCUGAGCUAGAGACGUCAGAUUUGGUGUUCUGCGUGGCCGAUUUGCAGUUUAAUAACCAGAAACUUCAGGAGGAAGUUCGGAAGCUAAAGCAGGCGGCAGAGACAAUGGAAGAAACCAACCAGAGACUCAUUGAGGAAAAUGAGGAGCUGAAGACUCAGGCUAAAAUGGGGCAGCAGCUUCUACAGAAGGAGCGCAUGCUGAAGGAGGAAGUGGAGGAGAUGAAGCUGACAAUAAGCUCUUCAGAGGAGAAUCGAGCUCGAGCCUCGGCUCAAAGUAAACAGAUGGAACGAGAGAACCUGACUCUGAUCUUGAAGAUUGCUUCUCUGCAGGAUGAGAACAUGAAGGUGUCUGUGGAGUUGGAUGAGCUUCAGAAGAAGAUAAAGAUGCUUUAUGAGCUCAAUGCUGACUUGCAGGCCCAGACUCAUUCCUUUGACGCUGCCAUGAGUGAGAAGCACACCUUAAUUCAGGAGAAAAUGAGGCAGAUUGAGGAGCUGAAGGCUGCAGUUAUGGAGUAUUCAUCAGUCACUGAAUUACUGAGAGCAGAGAAGAACAAGCUGGAGAGACAGAUGCAGCUGCUGCAGCCAGACAUGGCCAUUCCUGGUCUGUCCCUCUCGGUGGCAUACAGACUGAAUCAGACGAGUUCAGGUUCCCUGGAGACAGAGCUGGCCCUGGCGCAACAGAAUCUACCCGAGGGGGCAGAGCAUUUAUCCUCCAUCUGCAUGGCCUCACCCCUAGACGAGACUUUGGACCGUGAGGUUCUUCUCCUUCUGCAGGGUCCAACACCUGAGCAGAUGUCUGUGGAGUUUAAAAUGCUGAUAGACAGACUGAGCCAAGAGAUAAAAGAGCACAUGCUUGAGGUUCUCACGGCACUUCCAGACUUUCAGAAAAAUCAAGAAGAACAGGACACCAACACUGACCCCAAGCUCCAGGGCCUGCGGGUUCAGCUGGAGCAGAGGCGUAGCGAGUGGACUCACGGCCUCGAGCAGCUGAAGCAGUACACAGGCUCGCUGGAGAAGGAGCUGCUGAAGAUGUCCAGCAACAUGAGGCGCUCACGCACCGAGAUCCUGCACCUGUCCGUCAGGCUGCAGGAACAGGAAAAUCACAAGCUGCUGUUACGUGAGGAGCUGGACCACCAGUUAAAGAUUCGUCAGGAUUACAGGGACGCCAGCACUCAGACUGACCUGCCACAGGCUGUAGAUGAUGAGAACUCAUCCCCGGAGUGGGACAGAAUUUAUCCACUACUGGACUCUCCUUCUGAAGAUGAGUUGGUGACAAACUCGCAGGAGGACAAUCAACCUGAAGUUCCAAAUGCUGCUGAUAAAGAUUUACAGGAAGACCUGAGCAAACCUGAGAUCUUGCAGGAGAUGCAUUGUGUAGAGCACGGGAAACAGGACCUGAAUACACGGAGAGAGACAACACAUGAUUCUGAUGUUGAGGUCGAGGAGCUUGGAGGUUACACAGUGUCCCAGGAGAGUCAGCCAGAGGACAUCAAGGAUGGUGGAACUUCCGAAACUCUACUUGAGAAUCGACUCAAGGAUCUCUCUCAACCACAACAGCAGGAAGCCAGAUUCUCAGCAUGCACCGAACCAGAGGACACCCACGAGCAAGCUGUGUGCUGCAGUGCUUCUCUUUCACACUCCCACCCUCAGUGUACUGAUAAAGAGCCUCUGAGCCAUUCUGAGCUCUCCCCCCCUCACACCACUGACCUGGGAUCUUUGCCAGCUGACAGGCCUGCAGUUUGGGAGCCUUUCCCUGUAACCCCCAGCUCUCCUGAGGAAGAACCAGGACCUGAAGGAACACAGGACAUCUCAGAUAGCAUGAGCAGUUUGCAGAAGCUGACACAGGAGCAGAUUUGUAACGUGCCUACUGUACUGGAGAGGAGCGGUCUGUUACCCGUAGCCGAGAAAGAGGAACCGAUGUCUGAGGCGAGUCAGAAGGGUGCCACGACAGUUAAUUCCAAGGUGGGAGCAACAGGGCCGAGUGUGGUGAAGGAGAGCGCCUCGUCUGUCUCUCCUUCAAACAUUAGGAGUAGAAUUAAAAAAGACCUGGAGACACCCAGCAGCAGUAUGGAGGCCAUUGGAGAGCAGAGAUCCCAGGAAGACAGUGAAGCCUCAGUAAAUUCAGAUAAAAAUGGAGGAAUUUCUGAAGAGGGUGAAACAGUAAGGGAAGAUGGACUGACUCAGAGUGAAAAAGACAUUGAGUCCGAGUUCCUCCGUCUCUCAUUGAGUCACCGCUGUGACCUGUUCACUUUGGACAAGAGACUUCGUCUGGAGGAGAGAUCUCGGAACCUUGCUGAGGAGAACGUACGCCGAGAAGUGUCCAGCUGUCAGGGUCUGCUCCAGGCUCUGAUCCCUCUGUGUGGAGAUGAUAACCCAUCCCUGGAGAUCAUCCAGCGGCUGCAGAAGAACCUGGAGAUCCUGCUCCAGUCCGUGACCCGGGUGGCCAGUCGUUCCGAAAUGCUCGGCUCCAUUCACCAGGAGUCUCGCAUGGGGAAAGCGGUGGAGGUGAUGAUUCAGCAUGUCGAGAACUUGAGGAGGACCUACACUAAAGAGCACACUGAGCUGCUAGAGCUCAGAGAGAACCAUUUGCAAAAAGACAGGUCCUUCACCUCCCGCACGGAUGAAAUCAGGAAGAUAAAGACCAGCUCUGAAUUCUACAAGGUUGCGGCCCGUCGUGUCAGCAUAGCCGCCAUCCCUCGGAGCGUUGGAGCAUCAGCACACGGGGACAAGGCUAAAGAAGUCACGGAGGUGGGGGCGCUGGGACACAAGUUACCCAGGAACAUGCUUGGAAAGAGCACACAGCGGGCGCCUCUAAAGCGUUUUAUUAGUUGCACUGAGACAGAGGCUUCUGCUCUUAGGAAUAGCAAUCCAAGUCCCACACCAAGCAACAAUACGAGUCCUACGACAGAACUGGCCUCACCCUUUGCAGCGAAAGCACAACCCUCUGAGCUCCCUGAAGCUCCUAAGGGCGUCUGCACCUGGGCGGCGUUGAUGGUGGUGCUGGCCGCCUUCGUAGCGGUGCUGGGAAAGAUGCUGAUCCAACCAGCUGCGGACGCGGCCCCUGUGGGUACCGGGGACUCCUGGAUGGCCAUCCAGCAGAUUCUGUGGCCCUACACUGGGCUUCGGCACAACGGACAGCCUCCUGUUUGAUUUCGCCCCCUAGAGGUGGGAAAGCUGGGCGCAGCAAUCGGAGAUUAUGAAGCACUUUUUUCUCUUUUUUUUUUUUUUUUUUUUUUUUUUUUAAACAAACAGCAUUGAGGAAUGGUAUGACCAAGUACACUUUUUUUUUUAUUGAAACCUUGAACACCAUUGUUCUGUUUUUAAUUAAACAGGACAUCAAACUCUCUGCUUUACAUCCGGCUUUCAGUGCAGAGUCUCUGGACGCAGAUUGAAGGGGCUUUGUUUUUAACAGCCUGCUGAUUUUCAUGAUUUUACUGAUAUGUGAAGGAAUAACGAACAGCCAUUUUUCUUUUUAAAGACACGUAUGAAAUUAUAACUUAUUAUUUUAAUGUUUAUAGCUUUAGCCUGAGUGUGGGGUGUAAAUACUAUCCAAGCAGAUAGGUUUUUAUUCAUCAUUAGAGUUUCAGACACGUGUUUUUUUAUUAAUAUUACAUUUUGUGUGCACUGUUAUGGAUUUAUACACUUUCAGAUGUUCCAAAGAUUGGGAGGAAAAACAAGCUUUGACACAAUAAAGUUACUAACCCGAUUGCUAUCACAUCCUCAA